AACGUAGGCUGCCAAAGAAAGCUCGCCAAUGACAAUUUGGGAAGGCUCAAUUCCUCAACCCCGCCCUUCAUGAGGCUAAGUCACCAGCCCUUACCCUCAAAAAGUGCUUGCCCGCCACCCUUCAUGACUCAUACCUUCGUUUAUCUUCAUUAACUUCAUCCCACGUGGACGUGGUGGUGCAUACAAAAAUCAUAGUAAAUUCCGAAGGCGGCACCCAUUUCUCGAUUGUUCCGCUGGCAUUUAUUUAUUUACUAGUAACCCAAAUCGAAGGCCAGGUCAAUUUUCAUGUACACGGAAUCAAUGGUCAAUAUUGAAUUGGAGAAACAGAAGAUUGGGGAUUAGUGCAACACAAGCAUAGAAAGUGGAUCUUAUUCAAUACCGGUCUAAUGCCACGUGUACAUGCCAGCUCAUUUGGGUCGGUCAGAAGCCAAACACGUGGUUAUAUGGGCGGUGAGAGUAAUGGGGUAACCUGCGGGUGGUCUGAUCAGUGAUGCAGCCAUUAUAAAUAUCUAUAGAAAAUCUCGGUCAUCAUCCAUUAUCUUCACAGUCGUCUCCAUCUUUAUCCAUCCGUUGCAGCGAGGAAGACUUGGCUUUAUGGAGGGAAAGAUCAUCUUCUACCUUUGUUUUUUGAUCUGUUUUCUACUCACAGGAAAUGCAGGGGUGAAGGGUUCAUCACAUCACCACCAUCACUCUCACCGUCACCUCUUUGGUUUUCGUCCAUUAAAGCUCUUCGUUUUCGGGGACUCGUAUGCUGAUACAGGGAACAUUGGCAAGACGGCAGCCAAUUCUUGGAAAGUUCCCUACGGAAUCACCUUUCCCGGCAAGCCGGCCGGCCGUUUCUCCGAUGGUCGUGUCUUGACUGACUACCUAGCUAGAUUCGUCGGAAUCAAGUCGCCAAUACCAUACAGAUGGAGGAAUCUCGGCGCAAAACACUUGCGAUAUGGGAUGAACUUUGCUUUUGGAGGGACGGGUGUGUUUGAUACGUUGGUCGCAUUGCCAAACAUGACGACCCAGAUCGAUUUUCUCCAAGAGCUCCUCAGCAACAAGGUCUACACUUGGCCGGAUCUUCAGUCGUCAGUAGCCCUCGUCAGCAUCGCCGGCAACGACUACGGUGCUUACUUGGCCAGAGGUGGCUCUUCUCAGACAUUGCAGUCUUUCAUUCUUCUGGUGGUGGAUCAACUAGUGGUGAACUUGAAGCGCCUUCAUGGCAUGGGAAUGAAAAAGGUUGCAGUGACAUCUCUUGAGCCACUGGGGUGUCUCCCACAGACCACAGUGUCAUCUUCUUUCCAAGAAUGCAAUGGAACCCAGAACACGGCUGUCACCUUCCACAACCUCUUGUUGUCCCAAGCUGUGACCAAGUUGAACAAUGAAACCAAGGACUCCCCUUUUGUCAUUCUCGACCUUUACGCCUCUUUCAUGUCCGUCUUCGAAAACAAAGCUGAUCAUUUAGGGAGUUCCAAGUUCGAGAAUCCAUUGAAGCCAUGUUGCAUGGGUAUAAGCAGUGAAUACUCGUGCGGGAGUGUGGACGAGAGUGGGGCGAAGAAGUAUACAAUAUGCGACGACCCUGAAUCUGCGUUCUUUUGGGACACCGUCCACCCUACGCAACAGGGAUGGAAUGCUGUUUAUUCUGCUUUACAAGGCACCCUUCAACAACUUCACAGUCUUUACUAGACUACUACUUACCCCAAAAUUUGUGAUCAUUUAGAUUUUACUUUCUAUCUUUGUAUUUGUUUGUCCAGUAACGCAAUUUCAUAGAUUACGCUC